AUGGCCUCACAAAUGGGUCUUGCAUCAUUCUUUUAUCAGAAGAGCUGGGAUAUCCAAGUCCUUCAUGGUGCUCUGGCCUUUGCAGCUUACUCAAAUGAAGUUGCAGGAUUCCAGCAUUUUCUCCAGACACAAAACCAUUUCUCAUUCUUUCCUCAAGAUGGUUUCCUUAAAAAUGUGUGGGAGCAGGCAUUUGGCUGUGCAUUUCCAAACCCAUCUGUGAAUGAGGAAACAGAAGAUGUCUGCACUGGGGAGGAGAAACUGGAGAGCCUUCCUUGGGCUUUUUUUGAAAUGAUGAUGACCAGUCAUAGUUACAGUGUAUAUAAUGCUGUGUACACUGUGGCACAUGCUUUACAUGCCAUGCAACUGAGCCAAAUAAAACAUAGGAGAAAGAGGAAUGACAGGAAAGGGAAUCUUCAGGAUAUACAUCCAUGGCAGGCUACAGCUAGGAAUGGAGAACUGGUUACAGGACUGGAUAUUGAGAACUGGGUAACAUUCCCAAACCAAUCCUUCCAACAACUGAAAGUUGGGAAGCUGGAUCCCUGGGUUGAGGAGAAAAUGUUCACCAUUCAUGAAGAAGCCAUCAACUGGCCCAGAACAUUCAACCAGGAGGUUGCCCUUGAGUCACUGUUCACUCCUGGUGACUGCCUGGCUAGUCUAGAAUUUGGGGAAUGUGACAUAAGAAACUGCAUUAUUGGUAACCCUCUCCCUAUUCCUCACAACUAUUUCCAAUCCGGUGAUCUCAUCAUUGGUGACAUUAUGUCUCUUGUGUUCAUGCCUACAGAAAUAGUUUGGAAAUGUGACAUGAAAAACUGCAUUAUUGGUGACCCUCUCCCUAUUCCUCACAACUAUUUCCAACCGGGUGAGCUCGUCAUUGGUGGCAUUACCUCUCUUAUGUUCAUGCCUACAGAAAUAGAUAGCUUCUCUGAAGAUCCCCAUCUUUCUUUUAUUGGUGAAGCUGUAGUCCAGACUAAGUUUUAUCAGCAUAUUUUGGCUUUGAUAUUUGCUGUGAAGGAGGUCAAUGAAAACCCUCAGAUCUUGCCCAAUGUCACCUUGGGCUUCAAUAUCUUUGACAGCUAUGAUAGAAGAAGGACUUAUCAUGCCACAAUGGAACUUUUUUCUCCUCCAAAGAGAAUGACCCCCAAUUAUAAAUGUGGCAUUCAGAACAACCUGGUCUCCAUCAUUGGUGCUCUUUAUUCUGAAACCUCCACUGAUAUGGCAGAUAUCUUGAGAAUCCACAAACUUCCACAGUUUAUAUAUGGGUCACAUCCAGAGUUCCAGGAUGAAAGUGAAUCCUUUUCCUUCUACCACAUGGUCCCAGAUGAACAUAUUCAGUACCAAGGACUUCUUCAGCUGCUUGUGCGCUUCAUGUGGACCUGGGUUGGGAUCCUUGUGAGGAAAGAUGAUGACGGGAGAUUUGCAAGGAUGGCAUCUUCAACUUUUCCUCUUCAUGGCAUUUGCAUUGACUUUUUAAAAAUAAUCAAGCCAUGUUACAUUAAUAGUUUAUUUAAGGAUCUGGAGUGGCUAGUAGAAACAUUUUAUCUCUCUAUGAACAGCAAAGCCAAUGCAGUAAUUGUCUAUGAAAAAACUCUUCUACAUCUGAGGUUGUUGUUGUAUCUUCCUCGAAUGGAACUAAUGUCUGUGGAGCCCAAAGGUAAAGUGUGGGUCAUUCCCACCCUAAUGGAACUUGCAUCAGUGUUUUACCAAAGGAGCUGGGAUAUUCAAGACAUCCACGGUGCCCUGUCCUUUGCAGUUUACUCCAAUGAAGUCCCAGGAUUUCAGCAAUUUGUUCAGGCAAGGGACCAUUUCUUAUCAAAAGAAGAUGGCUUCAUCAAAGAUGUAUGGGCACAUGCAUUUGACUGUGCAUUUCCCAGUCCCUUGGCGAAUGAGAAAGAUAGUGGCAUCUGCACUAUGAGGGAGAAACUGGAGAACCUCCCUGGGGCUUUUUUUGAAAUGAGCAUGACUGGGUAUAGUUACAAUAUCUACAAUGCAGUGUACAUUGUAGCUCAUGCUUUACAUGCCAUGCACAUGGAACAAAAACACAAUGGAAUGCCACAUGCAGGGAAAUUGCAUAUUCAGGAGCAACAGCCUUGGCAGCUUCACCGGUUUCUGAAAAGGAUCUCAUUUAAUAACAGUGCUGGGGAUAGGAUUCUGUUUGAUCAGAGGAGGGAAUUGAUAGUUGGAUUUGAUAUUAUAAACUGGGUCACAUUCCCAAACCAAUCCUUCCAUCGAGUGAAAGUUGGGAAGCUGGAUCCCUGGGUUGAAGAGAAAAAGUUCACCGUCCAUGAGGAAGCCAUCACCUGGCCCAGAACUUUCAACCAAACUGUACCUCUUUCGGUGUGUACUGAGAGCUGCCUCCCAGGUACUUUCAAAAGAAAGCAGGAGGGGAAGCCGUUUUGCUGCUAUGAUUGCUUUCCAUGUCCCAGAGAGAAAAUUUCAAGCCAGAAGGACAUGCAUGAUUGUUCUGCAUGCCCAGAAGAGCAGCAUCCGAGCAAGGACCAAGAUUCAUGUCUUCCCAAGAAAAUAGCUUUCUUAUCCUAUGAAGAACCAAUGGGAAUAAGUCUAGUCAUUCUGGCACUUUUUUUCUCUCUCUGCACAGUUGUGGUGCUGGCAACAUUUGUGAAGUACCACUGUACUCCCAUUGUCAAGGCCAAUAACCAAAAUCUCACCUACAUCCUACUCCUCUCCCUUCUCCUCUGCUUCCUUUGCUCGCUGCAGUUUCUCAUUGCACCUGGCAAUAUAGUAUGUCUCCUCCGACAAAUCAGUUUUGGCAUCAUCUUCUCAGUGGCUGUGUCUUCAGUGCUGGCAAAAACCAUCACUGUGGUUCUGGCUUUCAUGGCCACCAAGCCAGGAUCCAGUAUGAGGAAGUGGCUGGGAAGAGGACUGGCCACCUCCAUUGUUCUUUCUUGUUCCAUGAUUCAGGCAAGCAUCUGCACAGUGUGGGUUUUCACCUUUCCACCUUUCCCUGAUGUUGACACCUAUUCAGAAAUUGAGGAAAUCAUCCUGCAGUGCAAUGAAGGCUCAGCUACCAUGUUCUACUGUGUCCUGGGCUACAUGGGCUUACUGGCAGCUGCCAGUUUCACUGUAGCUUUUCUCUCCAGGAACCUCCCGAGCAGUUUCAAUGAGGCCAAAUGUCUCACGUUCAGCAUGCUGAUUUUCUGCAGUGUGUGGCUCUCCUUUGUGCCAUCCUACCUGAGCACCAAAGGAAAAUACAUGGUGGCUGUGGAGGUUUUCUCUAUUUUGGCCUCUAGUGCUGGGUUGCUAGGCUGCAUAUAUUUCCCCAAAUGUUACAUAAUCCUCUUUAGGCCAGAUCUCAACAAUAGAGAACUAAUUAAGAGAAAACAUUAG